UGACGUUUUUUGACAUAUUUGGGUAUAAAAAUUAAAAUAAUGGUUGACGUAGCCUAGAUGGUACCUAUUCCGUGUGGUUAAAAACAAAAUCUAUUAUGAAUUUUAUAAAAAUUAACCGUAUUUAGAAGAAUGAGAUAAAAAUCAGACGCAUAAUCAAGAAAUGAUCGGACACAUGCGAGACCAUGUGGCCGUCAAUUUAUCCACAGAAUCGCUUCUGGAAAAUAAAAAGAGAACCAAAAGUUUGAGAAGGCAAUGGAACGAACUGUCUCGAUGUCAGAAGAGCAUCUUUUGCACAAUUGCUUUUAUACUAUUCACGUUUUUGUAUGUUUUAUGCCGCGGGGAGACAAAAAUCACACCCAACCUCCAUGAGAUCAGCGCCGAUACGUUGAAAAAUAUCGGAAAUGAUCCUAGGGAGGCAGAGCAAGGUUUCAAUGAGGUAGUGAAUGAGAACCAAGUGUUGGAGGAACCUGCUGGAGUGGAGGUUGUGAAUAGUGGGCAAAAGGAUCAGGUUUUGGGACCGCCGAGGGUUGAGCCCAAAUUCACAGGUCCCACAACAGCUAGACAAAGAGCAGUUGUAAACGCCUUUAAGCAUGCCUGGAAGGGGUACAAACAGUUUGCUUGGGGCCAUGAUCAUUUGAAGCCGAUUUCUGAAGGCUAUGAGGACUGGUUCGGCCUGGGACUUAGCAUUGUCGACUCGCUCGACACCAUCUUUAUUAUGGGACUUAAAGAAGAAUAUAGAGAGGCAAGAGACUGGGUGGACAAACACCUUCAUUUCAACAUCAACAGGGAUGUUAACUUAUUUGAAGUAACUAUAAGGAUAUUAGGUGGACUACUCAGUAUUUAUCAUUUAUCCAAAGAUGAGAUGUUUCUCACAAAAGCAAUAGAAUUAGGUGAUAGGCUUCUUCCAUGCUUCGAGUCUGACUCGGGCAUCCCGUUCUCUGAUAUUAACUUGUCUACAAAGAGAGCUCAUGCUCCUAAAUGGUCUCCAGACAGCUCAACUUCUGAAGUAACUACUAUACAGUUGGAGUUCAGAGAUUUGAGCGGAGCUACGGGAGAUCCAAAAUACGAGAAUGCCGUAGACAAGGUGUCGAGACACAUCCACAAAUUGGAGAAGAUGGACGGUUUAGUUCCUAUCUUUAUCAACGCAAAUUCCGGCCAGUUUAGAUCUUACGCGACGAUCACUUUGGGAGCAAGAGGAGACAGCUAUUACGAAUAUUUACUUAAGCAAUGGGUACAGACUGGAAAAGCCAUAGAUUUCUUAAAGAAUGAUUACGUGGAGAGCGUCGAAGGCAUAGAAAAGCACCUGGUGCGUCGGACGGUACCGAACGGGUUCUUGUUCAUAGGCGAGCUUCUCACAGGCGGCAAAGACUUUAAACCAAAGAUGGACCAUCUGACAUGCUACCUGCCGGGCACUUUGAUGUUAGGUGCGCACAACGGUCUUCCUAACGGUCACAGGAAACUCGCAGAGGAAUUGCUCACCACUUGCUAUCAGACGUACGCGCAACAGCCGACGUUUUUGGCGCCUGAGAUCACUUACUUUAACAUACAGGGUGAAAAUUCUAACGAUAUGUACGUAAAAACCAACGAUGCGCACAAUCUCUUAAGGCCUGAAUUUAUAGAAAGUCUGUGGUACAUGUACCAGUUUACCGGCAAUACUACUUACCAGGAUUGGGGAUGGCAGAUAUUCCAGGGUUUCGAAAACUAUACGAAGGUCGUAAACGGCUACACCUCGAUAGGUAACGUUCGCAACCCUCAAAACGUGCGACCAAAGGACAAGAUGGAGUCGUUCUUCUUAAGCGAAACCUUAAAGUAUCUCUAUCUGCUGUUCAGUGACGAUCCGAAACUGUUGGAUCUCGACAAAUAUGUGAUAAACUCUGAAGCACACCCGCUGCCCAUACAAAAUGUUUAGGAAACUUACAAUGCGAUGAAAGAUGUCUAGUCUCUGUUUGUUGUGUGCUUGAUAGACAAGUGAGGGUUUAUUUAAAGUCAUGGGACAUUUUUGCUGAAAAUCGUUUGUAAAUGGUCGAAAGAUUUGUAGUAAAACUACAAGAAAACGGUUUGUCGGAGAUAACGUGGAGUGAUCGACAACAUAAUUACCUAAAAAAACUCUUCUUUUAGUUGUGACAUCAGGUUUAGCUGAAGUUCAGUUUAGCGUCAGAUCAAAUAAAACAUGGAUUAUGUUAAAAAAAGUUUUGGCAAAGCUCCAAUCACGGGUUUUCAGGAUUUUCAACAUUUUCAAGAAAGUUCUCAAACUUUGAAAAUCUUAAAGUCUGGGAAUUGAAAAUAUUACAAAUUUUCGAAAUUUUGCAAAUUUUCAAAAUAUUGAAAGUUUUUUAAAUCCUCAAACUUUCGGAAACCAAGGGUUCUGAAAAUUGUUAAAAAUAGAAAUUUCAAAAUUUUUAAGAUUCGAUAAUUUUGUAAAAUCCUGAAUGUUUUGAAAAUAUUGAGAAUUCUAAAAAUUAUGAAAAUCAAUAUUUUGGUAAAAUUUUAUAUUAGAUAAUUUUGAAAAAUCCUGUAGGUUUGAAAAUUAUGGAAACUAGAAAUUCAAAAAAAAAUUAUUAUCGAAGUUUUGAAAAAAAAGAUUUGCUAUUUUUAAAAAAUCCUUGAUCAAGUUUUGUAAAUUUUGAAAAUAUUGAAAAUUUUUGAAAAAUUCUAUGAUGUAGUGACAAUUUUGAAAAAUUAUGAGUCUUGUAAAUUUUGGAAACUGAUGGUUCUGAAAAUUUUGAAAAUUGAAGCUUUGGAAAAAUUUGAAGAUUUGAAAAUUUUGGUAAAUUCUUGAACCAUUAAGAAUUUUGGUAAUCUUGGAAAAUGUAGAAAAUUUUGAGAAUUGAAAUUUUGGCAAAAUUUAAGGAUUUCCAAUUUUAAAAAUCCUGUACAGGAAAAUUUUGAUAAUCGACGUUUUGGAAAAAUUGGAAGAUUCGAUCAUUUUAAGAAAUCCUGAAAAAUUAUAAAUAUUGUAAAUUUCGAGAAUAUUGGAUAUUGGAGUCUUGGACAAAAUUGAAGAUUUGAAAAUAUUGAAAUAUCUUGAUACCAUUGAAAAGUUUGUGAAUUAUGAAAAUUGAAAUUUUAGAAGAGUUUGAAGAUCUUACGACUUAUAAAUGUCUCAUGAUUUUUUCUUGAACUCCAUGUAUAUGUGUACAUAAUAUGUGAUCUUAGAACCUGAUAAAUCUUCACCCGUAAUAUUGCUUUUGACUUUGUUGCACGUUAACAAUCAUUUGGAUUGAGUUAUGAACCUAGAAAAACGUAAUAGUAAAUGAAAAAACUCGUUUUAUUUCAUUAUUACGUAACUUAAAACGUUUCAUAUGUCAAGCCUUGAGGUAAGUCACUAUAAUUCCAAAUCAUAAAAUGAUAUGAAAGUGUCGAAAUUUUAAGCUUCACAAAGUGCUUACUUAUUGAAAAUAUGGAAUUUUGAAAAAUUCAUUUCUACUGUUUUUUUUUUGUACUUUUAUGGAAUGUUUUUUUGAUAUCUUAAGCGUGUAUAGUAGAAUGAAUCUUCAUCUCAACUAAAUAAUUUUAACUUUUAACCUAAUUUCGAUCUCUCAUAUUGAGAGGGAAAGAAAUGAUAAAAACCGAAACAUCUCACAAACGAGUUUUAUACAAUUCUAUCAAAUUUUACCUUCAUAGCAAUACAUUUUUCACCUAAUUUUUUAAUGUUUUUUCAACAUACGCAUGGUUUUAAAUCAAUAUACAACAUCUGUUUUUUUUUGUGAAGGUGCUAGAACUGUAUAAUUUUGUACAACAGGAACUCCACAUAUUAUUUUGAGCACAAUUAGAAAAAUUUGUUAAUUAUACAUUUGAUGAAUAAAAACAAACGUGUUAUUGGUUAA